CCCGCCACCCGGUCCGAGCCGCGCCGCCUCCUUUCCCGCUGACCGCGGGGCCCGGCAGGGCUGCGGCCUCUCCCGGCGGAGGACACGCGGCGGCGCCGAUGCCCCGGGCACCCGCGAGCAGCCCCGGGGCGAUGGCGGAGCAGGGCCCGGGCCGUGUGCCGGCAGGGCGAGUGUCUGGCGCGGCCCAGGCCGGGGUCGGGGGAGCCUCAGCCCUGCGGGAAGCGGCGCAGGGUCCCAAGGAGGAGCCGGUGCCGUGCCGGGAGAGGCGGGGGCAGGAGGUCACAGUGAGUGUGAAGGUCGAGGAGGCAGCCUCACAUGAGAUGCAGCCCACCCGGGCGCUGCAGCAGCCCGGCGAUCCCUGGCCGGAGCAGGCGCGGGCCCAAACUGCGGAUGUGCCUCUGGAGGAGGCAGCACAGCGGGACAGCCCAGGGCCUCGGGACCAGCCACCUCACGGCCCCAGAGAGGAGCCCAUGCUGGACCUGGAGUCGGGUGCAGGGACCAUGAGCAGAGCUCAUCAGCAGCCUCCUGAAGAAGGGCCUGCAAACCUGGAGCUGCCCAGGACUUCCCCAGGGAGGCUGGGGGAGAGGGGCUCCCUGACCUUGGAACCAAGCCGACUGCAGCAGGGGCAGGGGAGGCUGGCAAAGCAGGUGGAGAGCACGGAGCUCCAGGAGGCCUUUGAGGACGUGGCUGUGUAUUUCAUGCGGCAGGAGUGGGAGCUGCUGGAAGAUGCACAGAAGGGGCUGUACCGGGACCAGAUGCUGAAGAACUGGCGAGCCCUCAUUUCCCUGGGAUAUCAAGGUUCCACCCCUGACUUAAUCCGCCGCAUUGUGCGAGGCCAGGAGGAGCUCUGGGUCGGUGAUGAUGAGGACCGUGGGGGCAUCUCAGAGGGCCUGCUGCCAGGAGGUGCCUGGCUGCUAAGCAAUGCUGAGAAGCACAGUCCUGAAGAAGGGCCUGCAAACCUGGAGCCACCCCAGACUUCCCCAGGAUGCUUGGGAGAGAUGGAGUCCCCGAGACAUGAGGAAAAACAAUUGCUAAAGAGCGUGGGGAGGCCUCAUAAGCAGAGGGAGAAUGUAGAAGUGAAGCAGGUGCCAUCUUCCCUUGGGUGUGGGAAUGGAGAAAGGACAGAAGCCAGAGAGAGCCCUGGGCACAGGGAAGGAUUUGUGGAACUGAAAAGCCGUGAGGCAAAGUUCCACCGGAAAGAGACCCUGCAUUCGAGCCAAGCCAGUGGGGAGGGCCUGAGAGGGAAGCAGCAGGUGCCUGCUAAGCCAAGGGGCAAAGGCCAUCCCUGCCGGAAAACCUCUGGCUGCCCCUCAAACCGGGCUCUGCCACAUGAGUGCUCUGUUUGUGGAAAAAGCUUUGCCCAUUCCUCCGAUCUGGUACGACACCAGCGUAUCCAUACAGGGGAGAAGCCGUAUCAGUGCUCUGAGUGCGGGAAGAGCUUCACCCAUUCCUCCAAUCUGGCACGACACCAGCGCAGCCAUACAGGGGAGCAGCCAUAUCAAUGCUCUGAGUGUGGGAAGAGCUUCACCAGUUCCUCUUAUCUGGCCAUCCACCAACGCAUCCACACAGGGGAAAAGCCAUAUAAGUGUUCUGAGUGUGGGAAGAGCUUCACUAAUUCAUGCAACCUAGCCCAGCACCAACGCACCCACACAGGAGAAAAGCUACAUCAGUGCUCUAUAUGUGGGAAGAGCUUUACCCUGUCCUACCUGGCCACACACCAGCGUAUUCACACAGGUGAGAAGCCAUACAAGUGCUCUGAGUGCGGGAAGAGCUUUACCCACUCCUUCAGCCUGGCCACACACCAGCGAAUGCACACAGGGGAGAAGCCACAUCAGUGCCCUGAGUGUGGGAAGAGCUUCGCUUAUUCAUCCCAGCUAGCCCAACACCAGCGCAUCCACACAGGGGAGAAGCCACAUAAGUGCUCUGUGUGCGGGAAGAGCUUUACCCACUCUUCCAACCUGGCCACACACCAACGUAUUCACACAGGUGAGAAGCCAUACAAGUGCUCUGAGUGCGGGAAGAGCUUCACCCACUCCUUCAGCCUGGCCACACACCAGCGUAUGCACACAGGCGAGAAGCCACAUCAGUGUCCUGAGUGUGGAAAGAGAUUCAGUUAUUCGUCCCAGCUGGCCCAGCACCAACGUAUCCACACUGGGGAGAAGCCACCUCAGUGCUCUGUGUGUGGGAAGAGCUUUACCCAGUCCUCCUAUCUGGCCACACACCAGCGUAUUCACAGGGGUGAGAAGCCAUUCAAGUGCUCUGAGUGUGGGAAGAGCUUUACCCAUGCCUUCAGCCUUGCCAGACACCAGCGUAUGCACACAGAGGAGAAGCCACGUAAGUCGUCUUAGUGUGGGAAGAGCUUCACUUGUUCAUCCCAGUUAGCCCGGCACCAACACAUCCACACAGGCGAGAAGGCACCUCAGUGCUCUCUAUGUAGGAAAAGCUUCACCGGUUCCUCCCACCUCGCCAUCCACCAGUGGAUGCACACAGCGGACAAGCCACAUCAGUACUCUGUGUGUAGGAAGAGCUUUACCCUGUUCUGCAUACUGGCCACCCACCUGCACAUCCACAGAGCAGUGAAGCCACAUAAGUGCCCCAAGUGUAGAAAGAGCUUCACCCAAACCUCCAGCCUGGCCCAACAGCAAUGCAUCCACACAGGGGGAAGCGAGUUGGGGCGCGGUGCCGGGGGCGGGGCGGGGCGGGGCGGGGCGGGGGCUCCUGGACCAGCCUCGGUCCCGCCUGCGGGGAGCGGGGCAGGGCAAGGCAGAGCCUGGGGCGGGGUCGGUCCCGGUCUCCGUCCCCCGCUCCGGGCGCCCGGGGCAGGGCGAGUGUCUGGCGCGGCCCAGGCCGGGGUCGGGGGCGCGGCAGCCCUGCGGGAAGCGGCGCAGGGGCGCGAGGAGGAGCCGGUGCCGCGCCGGGAGAGGCGGGGGCAGGAGGUCACGAUGAGCGUGAAGGUCGAGGCGGUGGCCUCGGACCAGUCGCGGCGCACCGGGGCGCCGCAGGAGCUCGGUGAAUCCUGGCCCCUGCGGCCGUGGGGCCGAACCACAGACGUGCCUCUGGAGGAGGCAGCACAGAGGGACAGCCCAGGGUCUUGGGACCUGCCAGACCCGGUGUCAGGUGCAGGAACCGUGAGCAAAACUCAUCAGCAGCCUCCUCAAGAAGGGCCUGCAAACCUGGAGCUGCCGAGGACUUCCCCAGGGAGGCUGGGGGAGAGGGGCUCCCUGAACCAUGAAGCGAGCCAGCUGCAGCAGGGGCAGGGAAAGCUGGCAAAGCAGACAGAGGGCACGGAGCUCCAGGAGGCCUUUGAGGACGUGGCUGUGUAUUUCACACGGGAGGAGUGGGAGCUGCUGGAAGACGCACAGAAGGGGCUUUACCGGGACCAGAUGCUGAGGAACUGGCGAGCCCUCGUUUCCCUGGGACAUCGAGGUCCCACCCCUGACUUAAUCCACCGCAUUACGCGAGGACAGGAGGAGCUCUGGGUCUGUGAUGGUGAGGACAUUUCAAGGUUGGAGGAUCUCCUGCCAGAAGGCGCCUGGCUGCUAAGCAGAGCUGAGAAGCAGAGUCCUGAUGAAAGGUCUGCAAACCUGGAGCCACCCCAGCCUUCCCCAGGGAGUUUGGGCAAAAUGGAGUCCCUGAGACCUGAGGAAGAACAAUGGCUCCAGAGCCAGGGGGGCCCCCAAAAGCUUAAGGUGAAUAUGGCAGUGAAGCAGGUGCCAUCAUUUCUUGGGUGUGAGAGUGGAGAAAGGACAGAUUCCAGAGAGAGCCCGGGGCCCAGGGAAGGAUUUCUGGAGAUGAAGAGCCAUAAGGCAAAGUUCCAUCGGAAAGAGACCCUGUAUCUGAGCCAAGGCAGUGGGUGGGGCCUGGCAGGGACGCAGGAGCUGCCUGCCGAGACCUGGGGCAGAGCCCACCCUGACCCUGAGUGCCGGAAAACCUUUAGCUGCCUCCCACACCGUGCUCUUCCACAUUGGUGCCCUGAGAUUGGAAAGAACUUCACCCGCUCCUCCCACCUGGUGGUGCACCAGCACAUACAAAAAGUGAAGAAACCACAUCAGUGUUCUGUGUGUGAGAAGAGCUUCACCUAUUCCUCCCAUCUGGCACAACACCAGCAUAUCCAUACAGGGGAGAAGCCAUAUAAAUGCUUUGAGUGUGGGAAGAGCUUCACCAGUUCCUCCCAUCUGGCACGACACCAGCGCUUCCAUACAGGGGACAAGCCAUAUCAGUGCCCCGAGUGUGGGAAGAGCUUCACCAAUUCCUCCCAUCUGGCACGACACCAACACAUACACACAGGGGACAAGCCAUAUCAGUGCUCUGAGUGUGGGAAGAGCUUCACCCAGUCCCACAACCUUGCCCAGCAUGAACGUAUUCACACGGGUGAGAAGCCAUAUCAGUGCUCUGUGUGUGGGAAGAGCUUCAGCCAGUCAUCCCACCUGGGCCAGCACCAACGUAUCCACACAGGGGAGAAGCCAUAUCAGUGCCCUGUGUGUAGGAAGAGCUUCACCAAUUCAUCUCACCUCACCCAGCAUCAACACAUCCACAUGGGGCAGAAGCCACAUCAGUGCUCGGUGUGCGGGAAAAGCUUCAGCCAUUCCUUCAAUCUGGAACAACACCACCGUAUCCACAGAGAAAAAAAGCCAUAUCAGUGCUCUCUGUGUGGGAAGAGCUUCACCCGGCCCUCCCACCUGGCUCGGCACCAGCGUAUACACACGGGGGAGAAACCACAUCAGUGCUCCGUGUGUGGGAAGAGCUUCACCCAUUCCUUUAAUAUGGCACAACACCAGCAUAUCCACAUGGAAAAAAAGCCACAUCAGUGCUCUCUGUGUGAGAAGAGCUUCACCCGGCCCUCCCACCUGGCCCAGCACCAGCGUAUACACACGGGGGAGAAACCACAUCAGUGCUCUAUGUGUGGGAAGAGCUUCAUCCGGUCCUCCCACCUAGCCCGGCACCAGUUUAUACACACAGGGAAGAAGCCACAUCAGUGCACUGUAUGUGGGAAGAGCUUUACCAGUUUGUCCCACUUGGCCCAGCACCAACGUAUCCACACAGGGGAGAAACCACAUCAGUGCUCUGUGUGUGGGAAGAGGUUCACCAAUUCCUCCAAUCUUGCAGCACACCAGCGUAUCCACACAGAGGAAAAGCCACAUCAGUGCUCUGUGUGUGGGAAGAGCUUCACUCAGUACUCCCACCUGGCCCGGCACCAGCCUACCCACACAGGGGAGAAGCCACAUCAGUGCUCUGUGUGUGGGAAGAGCUUCACUCGUUCCUCCAAUCUGGCCAUCCACCACCGCAUCCAUACAGGUGAGAAGCCAUAUCAGUGCUCUGUGUGUGGAAAGAGCUUCACCUAUUCAUCCCACCUGGCCCAGCACCAACGCAUCCACACAGGGGAGAAGCCAUAUCAGUGCUCUGUGUGUGGGAAGAGGUUCACCAGUUCUUCCAAUCUAGCACCACACCAACGUAUCCAUACAGAGGAAAAGCCACAUCAGUGCUCUGUGUGUGGCAAGAGAUUCACCCAGUCCUCCCAGCUGGCCCGGCACCGGCCUCUCCACACAGGGGAGAAGCCACAUCAGUGCUCUGUGUGUGGGAAGAACUUCACCCGUUCCUCCAAUCUGGCCAUCCACCAGCGCAUCCACACAGGGGAGAAGCCAUAUGAGUGCUCCAAGUGUGGAAUGAGCUUCACCCAUUCCUCCCAUCUGGCUCGACACCAGCACAUCCAUACAGGGGAAAAGCCAUAUUAGUGCUCUGUGUGCGUGGCAAGACUUCACCAAUUUAUACCUCCUGGCCCAGCACCAGUAUAGCCACACACAGGAGAAGCCAUAUCAGUGCUCUGGGUGUGGGAAGAGCUUCCCCCUUUCCUUCAUUCUAGCACAACACCAGCCCAUGCAUACAGGGAAGAAGCCACAUCGGUGACCUUUGUGAGCUUCAAUUUUAUCCACCUGGCCACCCACCAGCACAUCCACACAGAAGGAAAGCCACAUCAGUGCUGUGUGUGUGGGGGAAGAGCUUCACCCAGUCCUCCCAUCUCGCCCAGCACCAGUGUAUCUACAAAGGGGAGAAGCCAUAACAUUGCCCAGAGUGUGGGAAGAGCUUUACCCUCUCAUUUAGCCUGGCCACACACCAGCAUAUGCAUACAAGGGAGAAGCUGCAUUAGUAGUGAAGAGCUUCACUAUUUUCCUGCCCCUUGGGCAAGGGGCUGGAACCAAUGAUCUCUUGAGGUCCCUUCCAGCCCUAAUGGCUAUGAAAUCCAAACUGGCCUGGUACCAAUGCCUCCCCUCUGGCCAAACACCAGUGCAUCGGCACCCAGGAGCAUCCAUAAGUCUACCAGCAGUGAAGGGAGGGCUUGCGGGUGCCUACCUGCUCAGCUUCCACCUGUGCAUUCAGGCAAGCAGCAUGCUGUUAUUGGAGUGCAGAAAAAUAUAAUGUAGCCUUUGAGCCUUGUCAGGCACUGCAGAACCCAAGGGCCCAGUGGUUGGUCCCCAAGGUUUGAUUGUGGGGAGGGGCUAAUAGGAAACACCUUGGGCAAAAGCCAGCCCAGAUGCUGGGGGAACCUGUGAGGGGAUGAUCUUUGUAUCAGCCUUGGAUCCUCUGCCUUCCCAGUUGUUUUCUAAAGGUAGCCAGUCCCCACCAGGGAGAAGUGCCUUCCCAAUAGGGUGACCUCCCCAAGACAGCUGGCUCUGAAUGCCUGUCCUUGGCCGCCUCCCAUGCCCAUUGAGGUCUGCAAGGAGCUGCUGCUGCCACCCUGAGCCUGGUCUGUCAGGUUUUGCUUCUCACCCUCUCUCCAGAGCUCUGUACCCCUGGGUGCCUGCUGCUCCCCUGCCCUGCCUUUUGCCGCACUCUUAAUGCAGUCUCUGCUCAGAAAGCCCCAUCACUGGGCAUGGUAUCCCUGUGGCUGGGCUCUCUGCCUGCUCCAGAGCUGUGAGACAGGAACCAACCAAGGGCCAGAACCCUUUGCAAAGCAGAUCUCCUUGUCACUGCCCAGCUUCUCUUUGCAGAGGUUUCAGUGGUCCAGGGGCAGUUGCAAACCCUCGGGUGCAGGAUUCAGUCACACUGGAGGCCUCACUCCAGGGGCAGGCAAUUAUUUUGGGUGGAAGGCAGCUUACCAAAUUUUGGCAAGCUAUUGAGGGCCACAUGGGUAGCCCCGCCCUGGUUGCCAUCUUGGGACCAGGAGUUCUGUCCCCUAACCCCUGGCCUUUGCCACCAGAAGUCCCCUCCUCCCCCAGGAAAUACUCCUUUCAGUAAGGUGGUUUGCCAUCUCAGAACCAGAAAAAUGCCAAAUUAUAUUAUAAAAAUCAAACAUGUACUACAACGUUAAUUUCAAAAAAUAUUUUUGUCCUGAUUUACAUGUGUGGGCAUAUUGUACAUAGAGUUGAUAGUAUCAUAGCUUAAAAUGAAGUCUUAUUCUUGUA